CCAGAUCAGUGGCCAGAGUGCAAGGACGGGGGGGACACCGAUUCACAACCCACGAAGUGCUGCUUCGUAGAGCAAAGGAUGAACCGAUUGCGUUGGUGCCGCAGCUCCCCGCGCUUCUCCCUCCUUGUGCUCCUCUCAACCUCCAAGCUAUUCCCCCUUGUCCCGUACUAAAUGCCUCCUUUCUUCUCCUACACCACCCUCCCCCACCAGCUCACGGAGGGCCCUUACCCCAUGCGCGAGUUCUCAGAGUAUUUGGUGGAGCUAACUGACGUGGAGCCGCUGCCCUUCGCCGACGAAGACGCAUGGGAGUUGCACCGUGCGCUAUACAAGUCGGUGGCGCUGGGGAUGUUCCGGUUCUUCGUGGAUCACGAAGACCACGCUAUCGGGGAGCACUUCGUCGUUUACUACGUCAUCGCACGGCCCAAGCUAGCUGAGAAGGAAGGGACGGUGGCGCUGUACCCCUUCGCCCAGCUCCAGACGAUCGAUCUGGGAUUGUUGGAGCUCAUACACCUUGAGCUCCUCUCCAUUGCGCAAGUGAUCACGAGCGAGGAGGAGGAGAUCCAACUACGAUUGCGGACAGCAACGGCCCCGCGGAGGACAUACAACGUGGUCGUCAUCCCGGAUUUCAUUGCGCAUCGGGCGGAGAGGUUGCAGGACUUCCCGGAGGAAAGGCCGUUGUGGCCUCCCUCGUCGUAUCCUCGACCAGCGCCACCAAAGGCCCCUAAGAAGACGCCUAAUAGGAAGAGACGCCACCCAUCGCCAGGAGCGCAAGGCAGCAAGAUCGGCGGCGGCGAGGAGGUGAUUCAGCCUGCGCGCACGCAGAUUCCUGACCCUGUGCCUGGGAGUGCAGCGACGCUCGUUAAGGAGACUAUCGUGCCAUCGCCACCCAUUCCGCAUGUGCCCGAUCUCAAUCUUGAUGGAGCCGGGCCAUCAUCAUCAGCAGCAUCCGGAGGAGGAAGCAGAACGGGAUUUCCGGAUCCCAUAUCCGGACCCCCCGGUAUCUUGGGGUACACGGAGGACGAUGUGGUGUCGUCGGAUUUCAUCGGCGAUGUUAGGUCGAGCAUCUUCGACGCCAAGGCGGGCAUUGCCCUGAGCGGCAACUUCGUGAAACUGGUGUCCUGGUACGACAACGAGUGGGGAUACUCCAACCGCGUGGUGGAGUUGAUUGAGCACAUCUCCAAAGCUUGAUUAAGAGAGUGUGCGUAGGUAGCAGGUAUUUUGGAGUGUACAUGGGAUGCUGGCUUCGAUGGUAUUGGCUUCACCAUCGGCAGUCGCGGACCACGGAGAGUGGCGUAUGCGAUUUGGUUCGGCCGUUUCACUGUUGUGCGUUUUCGUUGCAUUCUAGUUGAGUAGUCUGGGGAUUAUGAGCACCAAUCAAUUACAUUAAGUCGU